UUGGCCCGUCCCGGGUAUUAUCUUUGCACCACUAACACAUGCAGGCCCGCCGUACUUCCCCCAUCGACAUCCGAUAACAUAGCCGAUGAAGCCCUGGCGGGCCCUCCCAUGGCGCGGCCGCCUCCAGGAUUGGCUUGGGUCGGUUGUCUGGACGCCCUCCAGUUAAUAUCUUUUUAGAGAGACACUAUAAUCUUCACCCGAUCACCGGGUUGAGUUUGCCAAGUAUGAGGUUGCAUAAGAGCCAGGGCCCGCGUCCGUUAUGUCGCUCUUGAGGCCAGAGGACGCCACAUGUCCCCUGAGAGCGACGAUGUAUAGGUCAAGUCUCGGAUGCUUGUGGGCGCUUGCGCUCCUGGGCCUGCGUGCUAGCGCCGCAUGCACCAGUUACGGCGUCGACUUUUCCAAUGGCGGUGCCUACGACAUUGACGGAGAAUCCAACGAGUAUUUUAGUUUCAUCACCGUCUUCCAGGGAUGCUCUCAGGAAACCAUCAGCCCCGUCCUGGUCGGUCCAGACGACAAUGUGUAUGCCUGCUCCGACAUUGACACGCAACCGGCCGGUACUCAAGCAAAAUCUACAUGUGGUAUCCCCUAUUCCGCCAUGUCAUCGGGGCGCUGGACAAUUAUCAUCGCUGGUGACCAGAUAUCCACCCAGCGUACCAUAUCCCUUACUGUCGGUGUGCCGCAGACUACGCGGGUUACGGUAGGCGAUGUUACUCUUUCCAGAGCACUGCUCUUUGUUCUGCUAACCGCCCCAAAGGUUACACCAACGGUUGUCGUGGGGUACACGACCACCGCGAGGGCCCAGACUGUGUUGACCACCCUUGUGCUGACCGAGACCCUCAUCAUCGUUCCUCGAACAGUGACUACCCGGUGCAGCGGCGCAACACGGACAGUGACGAGCUACCAGCAAGGUCCAACCCCUGUAGUUACGUCGACGGCAAUCAGGACAGUGACAGACGCCCAAGUGACGAGCUACUGGACGACUACGUCCUCGGAAACAGCUAGCUGCCACUACCCAUCAAACCAACGAGACGUGGCUGGUGCCGCUGCCGUAGCCACAGUCACGGUGACGUACACGCAGACCACCUACACGGUUACUAGCACAAUCGUGACUACGGUUCCGGGUAGGACAACUACUGAGCUUGUUGUGAGAACAACCACCGCCACUGUCACUCCGGCUCCUUCGACCGUGUGUUCUGGGGGCAACCCCGAUGUGACAAUCACGAUCAACAGAGGAAACCCUACAGCAGUGACACGAACAGAUGUCGUAUACCUCACAAGCCACCUGUCCGGCACCGUGUGGGUCGGUCAAACGCAUGUCACCACUGUUACCGAUACGGCGAGCGCUACAGCCUGUUGGAGGGCCGGCGGGUGGUUUGGCUAAGCCCAUGGUCAAGGGGGAGGGUCGAGCUGCUCGACAUGAAUGGUAAUGGGAGACUGCCCCAGAGGAGCCCUUGGAAUUUGGCAGUAGCAUUACCGUAGUUCUCAAUAAGUAACUGUCUGCUUAUUUCCACAUCG